AUGGAUGAUAUCAGAAAACUAUUGGAUAGAACAGGCCUUUUAUCGCUGAAAGAUACGGGACUCACCAUUAUAUCUCUGUAUGGCGUAUCAGAAGCCAAACAAUCAUCAUCCGUUGCCAAUUUAGCAAACUCAAUCGUAGGAGCAAAUGUAUUUGCAGCCAGAUGCAAGCCCGUAGAAGAGCCUGCUAUUGAGUUGGCAGACGGCAUCCAAUUUUACCUGGAUAAACACUUGAAAACAAUAUACCUAUUUGCAGAUGCCAACAUGAACACGACGAGUCUAUCAGCCGAGAAAUCAGUGUCAACCAGCAUGAUGAAUCAUCAGGCAGCAACCACCAAAGCAUUGCUCUUUAUGUUGAUCGUAUCUCACCUUGUCAUUCCCAUCCUGCCACCAUCAUUCUUACCUGCCGAUUUCUUGUCAACAUUGGUAGCACUAGGUCAGAUAAAAUCCAACAUGCAUACACAUUUAGCACAGUAUCAAGCAUCCUGCUGGAAAUAUUGGGACAUUGCAGUGCCGAAUUCACUCUUUGAAAAAAAGGACAAUGAAAGGAUGAACCCUGCUUUGAUGGGAUGGUGGGGCCCAGCCAAGGGAGUGCCUAUUGUGGUGUUUGUGAUGGCAGAUGUCAGCCUAUCCAGCACGGCUCCUGCAGCAAUUAAAAAGAUGCAAGAGUCUCUUCAAUCCAGGAUGAAGAACAUAUUCAGAGCACUCCAUUUGAUACCAUUGAAACCAGAAGGAAACUCAUCUCAUCCGCCUGUCGAAGUACGAUCCCUGUUUAUACUGCCAUCCACCGCACAGCCUGUCAUUCACAUCAUACCUGCUGCUGCAUCACCAGCCGACAGCAAGGCAGAAUUUUCAUUCGAUGAGCCACUCUCCUUAACAUCCUACUUGUCGUCAAAAGAGGCUUCCUCAACUCAUCUCGAUUACAGCGAUCGCCUGCUCAAGCAUUUUGUCAACAUGUGGAUCAAAACUGCCGUCAGCAGACAUCCACUGCACAACAACUUCAACAAUCGAAAAACGGACACUCCCAAAGUAGCACCCUUGCCGACAGGUCUGCAGUGUAUCUCUGCUAUGGUACCCUUGAUGUCGUUCAUUUUCAAUCAGCAGAUAACACAAGAGGGUGUCGAGUUCAAAAAGGUGAUAUCAGCUCAGUUCCCCAGCACCAAGGGUAUGAUACAGCAGAUUGAAGUGAUUCUAAGGAAAAAGAUCAGAGACAAUAUCGAGAUUGAACGGGUGUUUUCAAAGAGUCAUUCUAUGGAUGUCAUGCAAAAGUGUAACGAGGCCUAUUUGCAAGACUCGCCGCCAUUUUACACGGAAAAGUAUCAUACAUGGAAGAAAACUACUGUGAUGAGAAUGUACCGUUCUCUUGCUCGUGGUCCCUGUAGGGAAGAGUACGCUGCUCGUUUAGAGCGUGAAUGCGACACUAUUUGGAAGGGUGGAAGACAGAGUUGUGAGCACAUGAGUCUUACUGGAAGAGCGUGUCGAUUAAAGAUGGGCCAUGAAAAGGAGGUGAUGACAGCCAAGCAACUGCGAGACGAACGCGCUGUGAUUGUGGAUCCAGCAAAGCACAACAGCGGAUACAGCUUUUUCCAUGCGUGUGAUUGUGGAAAGACACAGCGUGUGCGUGAAGAUCCGUUUGAUGUCGAGGAUGCCAAUAUCAAGUUUUACAACAAAUUCAGCUGCUGUCUGGGCGUUGCAAGAGCUGCUUUGGAUAUCAAGAAAUCGACAUUUGGAGAUAAACAGGACCUUGUGCUGGAUUACGACGAGAUACCCACAUCCUGCGAUGCUGCUUUGCUUUACUUGGGGCCAUCCAGCAUGUACAAGAACAAUGUGGGAUUGGAUAAAGUGGAAGGCUUUAUGAACAACACCAACUUCCUUAUACCUUGGUCCAUGACAACCAUGAAUGAGCUGAAAUUGCGACAACAAGAUGCUGCCAAUGCUGCGACAGAGAGUAACAACAAUGGCCCAGCACCGUCAGCAAAAGCCAUCAAUGACGCCUUUUUGCGAUCCAAUGCGACGGCUCGAGAAACAGAAUGGCCCGUGCUCGGUAAAGCAACUAGCAUGCAAAAGACAAGCACGCAUAUCACUGCUGCUGCACCCGUUGUCGUUGCGUCGUUGGAAGCAUUCCCUGCUUUGGGAUCCAAUCCUACGCCAUCAACUACAUCCACUCAUAUAGCAACGCCAUCAAACACACCCACAGCCACAGCACCACACACACCACCUACGCGACAACUCUUUGAUACCAGACGUAGAAAACAUCAUCGAUCUCGGGAUAGAAUCCAAGGCUUGGUUCGUGGUUAUGUCGGUGCAGAGUAUGAAUGUCCCCAUGGACACCGAUUCCUGAGUUGUGGUGAAGGCCGUGUCUGUAAGUUGGGUCAUGCUGGACAUCCAAAGGAGCAUGGCAAUUAUUUCGUCCAUCAGGAUCUGCCACUCCAUGUGGUAUGUCCAUGCACCUAUGCCAACAAUGCCAGCAGCAGCAGCACCAGUGGCGGUGGUGGUGGUGGUACUGGAAAUACCAACGUCAAUGGAAGCAAUAGCGCUUCACAUGUGAAUCACAACAUGGAGAUCACUGCUCAAUUGCAACGAUUGUAUAUUGUCACUCCUGAAGAAGCCAUCACUAUCACUAUUGAGCCAAAGAUUAAGAUUCAAAUUCCAGGAACAGACAAACAUGUCAUUGUGAACUUGGGUAUCGAGUGUCUCUCAUUUGGUCCUGGCGGUCUUUACGUGUUGAGAUUGCCCUUCAUCUACAGUGAUGCAAAUGGAUCACCUAUACCUAUGGAAACCGAUGUCCAAAAGAGAUUGAAGAGUGCUAUUCUACAACGGGAUUGUAUCAAAUUUCACUACAAGGAAACAGAGAAAUGGAUUGUGCCUUAA